CCAAGUUUAUACAAGCGUACAAGUAGAUCUCUACGUACAAGCAACUCGCAAGCAACUGGUAAGCUUCAUGGAAAGCUCGAGCAAAGAAAGUAAAGCUGUUAUGGGUGAAGCCACUAAUGAAACUCUAAGAAAGUUUUUCAUGCCCCUUCUUUCGGCUGUUAUGAUGGGUGAUGUUCCACUCACUCUCUAUUCAAAAGGUUUGAUAGACCAGCGAGUAUUGGAAUUUUACACAAACUCAGCACAUGAUCAGUCACAAAAAGGCACAAGAAUUGUAAUGCAUUUGCAGAAUGUGUUAAGAGUUAAACCAAGCUUGUUCGAAACAUUUUGUAACAUAUUAUCAGAGAAUUCUGAAAAGACAAUAAGUGAUCUAGCCAAAGAGUUAAAAGCUGAAUUUAGCCAGCAGGUGACACAACUGAAGUCAUCGCCCAAUUCAGGAGACAACGUGGAGCUGGAAAAGCUAAAAAAGAAACUGGAAGUCUACAUGGAUGACCGCUCAAAAACUGACCAAACAAAAAGUGCUGCAAAUGAACUUAUAAAAAGUGCCCUAAAGCAAUACAUUGAGAGCCUUGUGCAGAGUGACAUGCCCAAUGAAACACUAAAAGAACAUAUACUAAUGCUGUGCCAAGAAGAAGCUGGUUUGAUUCCAGCUGAUUUGCAUAAGUGGAUUUUUGAACAGAUAGAUAGUUUACAGUUGUCUAGUAAACUCCAACGAACUCUAACUCUCAAGUCCUCACCUAAUAUCCCAGCUCAGAGGCGGAAACCUGUCAAACUCUUUUGUAAGGAUACUAUCUACCAUGCUGGUCUCUGUUGCCACGCUGUUACGACUUGCUCGUCUAACACAAUUUUCAAAUUCCUUUCUAUACACACUCAUUCGUUUAUGGAAAGUUCUCUCUCCUUGGAAGACACAGGUAUGGACCAGUACCUCAUUGCCAAACAAGGGGAUACCCUUUACGUUGCUUUUCAAAGUCUGAUGAGCAUCAAUCUUUGGAUUCAGAAGUACAAAUCUUUUGCCGCAGGGAUUGAACAACAGACCAACAGGGUUCCAAUUCGGUUCUUCAUUGAACAGCUCCAAUUGGGAAAGAGAAUUGUGAUCACAGGUUUUUCAUUUGGUGGAACAAUGGCAUGCAAUGUGAUUGCAAAGUUAUGGAGAGAGACCUAUGCCAAUGUCAGUCUUGAUGUUCUCAAAAAAAAUGUCGUCUGCAUUUGUUUUGGGCUGCCACUGAUUCAGAUUCUUCAAGUCCAAGAGGCCAUUAAAGAUUUCCCCAGCAUUGAAGAGACAAUCCACUCAAUUUACUGCAAAGACGAUGUUAUUCCAGGCUUGCUUCACUACUUCAGGCAGGGAUGCAUGCACUACACUACCCUGAAGAGUCUGGGGAGUAUUGCAGCCACUGUUAAGUCAUCCACGAAGCAAAAUGGUUCUAAUGAAAAUUUGGGAGCACAAGUGGACUUUAAAACUCAAUUUUCUGAGCUAUUUCUUCCAUGUAUGGGUACACUCCAAGAAGCAGCUAGCAAGAAGCCAUCAUAUUCUGGUGCUGUCUCAAGCUGCGUAUCUCCGCAAUCUGAGUCACAAGCUGCUAAAGAUCUGAAAGAUACUCUGCAACAACUGACCGAUAAUAGUUCAAUAGAUUUCAAACCAACGAACGUGUUGCUUCCUGGUACCUGCUAUGUGAUGUCAACAGAGGACCGAAAAGGCCUUGUUUGGAAUGAACUGCCAAAGUCUGCUGUGGCAAGUAUAUUGUACGUGGACAAAGCUGCAAUUGAGAAGCUUGACAGUGGCAUUUUCAAGAAGCACAAUAUGGAGCAGUAUAGGAACAAAAUGUUUCGCUGCUACCUCGAGAAGGAGCCUUUAAAAUUUACAAUUUCAAAAGAAAGCCAAAGCACGUCCGUGAAAGCAGUUCAAUUCCUGAACCCCGAAGUGAAAGGUGUUGAAUGCCACAUGUACCCUAAAGAGAAUGUUCUUGUUCUAGAAGGGGACAACCUUUGGUUCUGUUAUAUGGUUUGUGUUGGUGAAGAUAGUCAAAAUGUGAAACGCAUUUCCACUCCUGCUCAAAGUAUUAGCCGGAAGUCUAUCCAAGUUAACUACAAGCAGACAAGUCAAGAUACUAGAGAGUAUGGAUCUUCUUGUGAGAAUAUAAUGGUGACCCUACACAGCCAUUUUUCCGAGCCUCUGAAAAAAAUUGUGACAAUAAAACAGAAUCGGUAUUCCUUCUCUGUGAGGCAAAUCCAGUUGGCUAAACAUACUCCUACUCAAGUGAUUGAGCUUGCAUACUGGACAGCUAUGCUAGAGCGAAAGUGCAUCAAAAACGACCAGAAGCCUUCAAAGCGAUUUACUGCUAUCAUACACUUCCUUCAAGAAGCUGUAAACAUAGUUCCUCUGGAGAGUAUAUUGCAUGCCAUCGCCUACAGUGAUGAUAAAACCGCCUUAGAAUGUGCAAGAGCUUUAAAAGAAUCGAAAGUGAAAGUACCAAACUCAGUUAUGGCAGGAAGUGCAAUGGUUGAUGCCUGUAUUCAUCUUUCACUGGGUAUACGUCUGACCCAUCUCAACAAGGAGGCUCUCACUCUAUUUCGAAAGAGCUUCAUGUUCAAAAGAAUGCUAAGAAAAGAACUUUCACAACUUUCGACCUCCAUCAUGGAUCCUCCAGAACCAAAUGUUCCAAAUGUUCCCCCGAGAUACUCGGAUAUUGUUCGUGGAUCACAAAAUGAAGAAGAAAUUGCGUUUUUACACUCGAUAGCACCUCUAUGGCCUCUGAUUAUCCCUAUGUUCGCUUUGAGUGAGACAUUAGAGUCAAUAUCUGCUGACCCGCUGGAUUCUGACUUGGCUGAUUUCAUGGAAAAAAUCCUCGAUGAAAAAUUUGUUGAAACAGUUAGUCAAGCUCAACGCAAUCAACAAUUGCAAUUGCCAGUAAUAUCAAAGAAGUUCAUCAAGCAACUUUAUCCUGUUAGUCCUCUGAGGCAUACCAUGCGUAUUCCAGUUUUACAAUCACCGGUCAAGGUCUUGAAUGAAGCAAUUGAUCAGCUUAAAACACUUGAAAGUAUCCAAGAUCACGAAAAUGAAAGUGAUAAUGCUCCCAAUGAGAAGAUGCUAGUUGUUGUAAAAGACAUUCACAAAUCAAAUUUGCAAGUAUGCACGGCACUUCUAGCAGCUUUUAUGGAGCAACAAAUUCACAUACCACUACUAAGUUCCCCCGAGGUUAUGGCUAGCAACAUUCUUUCCGCCAGCUCAGCUCCAGUUGCUAUGGGAGUGUGGGCAUUGUUUAGCAUGAGCCUCGAUGACCUUCAGCAUAUGCUUGCCUCGACUCGUGGCAAUGCUCUUUAUGUUGAAAUUGAGGCCUACAUCGCUGGAGUACUUGAUCCAGACAACCAAGAUGAGCAAGAAAACACUGAGGUUCAGAAAAAUCCAGAAGAAGAAAACUAUGCCGGUAAACUUCAAUUUCUAUUGCAAGGAAUAGAACAAACUGCCACAUGUAGUACGGAGUAUAUAAGUUACUCCCUUGAAUACCAACUUUGCAAACAUCUCAAGUUUGACCAGACACUAUCUGUUAACGAAAUUAUGUUGCGAUGGAACUCAAUUUUCAAGAACGAUGCCCUCUCCCUCGUAGCUCCAAGUUACAGACCUCUCAUUGCACGGUGGCUAAAAUGGGUCCUACUUGUUCAUGAUUUACGAGAAACUUUAGCAAGCUACACCUGUGUUGGGGUUAUUGGAUUGGUUAAUUCUGGAAAAUCUCAACUAGUCAGCACACUUUUCAAUUCAAAGGUAAUGGUGGGCACAACAAAGUCAACGCGAACAACUGUGCCGUUUAUAUACAAUUAUGAUGGUGUUGUUGAAGGAUUUGAUGUGAUUGAUUUCCCUGGUGUGGAUGAUAAAGAUGCAGUUCCUGAAUUAGCGAAACUGCUUGUCAGCCUGUGCCAGGCUGUAGUGUUCGUGGUUGAUUACAGAAAAAUCAACACCGAACCAGCUCAGGCCUGGUUGAAAUGCCUCACCAAAGAGGGCGGCCAUAUCCCUGUUUUAAUUUGUUUGACCUUUGCCGACAGACUGCUGGUCGAAUGUCUAGAAAAAACAGAAUCCACGCGUCUUUGUUAUCAACAUGUGGAUAAAGAAUUUGAGCAUAUCAAAGAAAAACUCAGAUUUCCUGUUGACCUCUACCCCAAAAUUUCUGUGAGGUUGUGCUGCUUCAAAAUUGCUAGUGACUCGAAUUUGGAACCAAAAGAUUUGCAAGCAGCCAAAAUAAGCCAGACACAUGAUGUUGGUCAGUGGCUCGUAGAACUGUUUAGAAGUGAACAAGAAGACUUAGCUGACAAUUUAGAGCAAUUCCUUAAAGUGCACUAGUAAUUAUUAUUGUGUACCAUGAGCUUUAUUCAUAAUGUUGUGUACGACACCUGCUCAAAUUAUUUAGUACAUUCAUUCGUUACAUCAUCAUUAUCUAAGAACA